AUGAUACCGCUCAUCCGAGCUGCCUGGCCCGCUUUCGCUCCUAAGGCGAUCUUCACCGAUCUCGGAAUGGGUUUCGUCGAUGCGUUCACCGCAUCGUUUCUUGAUGCCGAGAUACAUGGCUGUCUGUUCCAUUUAGUUCAGAGCAUGAAGAAGAAGCUUGGUGACCUGAACCCGCUGAGCCGGUAUCGGAGCGAAGGAAGCUUCGCACUCAGCGCCCGGAUGAUCUGUGCAUUAGCCUUCGUACCGCUGGCUGAUAUGAAGAACGCCAUAGCUGAGCUGGCAGUCGCGCUGCCGCACGAGCCCAUGCCCGUUCUAAAAUACCUCCUUGCUACAUAUCCUGCCGGACGGAACCAUCAUUCGUCGAAAGCCCAUGUUCCCACAGCGCAUGUGGUCAGUCCAUCUACGUACGCCGAACGGUGA